AUGAAAAGCUUGACAUUGCUCGUGCUUGCGUUCAUUUGCACGAUUGUACAUUGUGGUCUAACAAACGAUCAGUUACUCAAGACAGUCCAAAAUUCCAAACACAAGUUGUUAACAUUGAAUGAUGAAAACUAUGAAACCAUCUUGAACGGACCAAGAGACUACCACAUUGUGGCACUUUUGACUUCAAAUUCACCACAGAUCAAUUGCGUCUUGUGUCAUCAAAUUGCGCCUGAAUUGGAAAUCGUUGCUGAUUCAUGGGUCAAGGAUCAUCCAAAGGGAAUCAAACUUGAAGAGAAAGAGGAAGAAGGCGAAGAAGGCACUUCUAAAGAUAAUAAAGAUAAACGAGUACAAGCCAAGAACAUCUAUUUUUUCAAAGCUGAGUUUGCCGAGUCCAAAAAAUUAUUCGCCUUGUUUGAAUUAAACACAAUUCCCAAAAUCUUCCAUUUCAAACCAACUAAAGCUUUGGGUCCAAAGAACUUUUUACGUGAAAGGGAAGAGUACCAGUUCUUUCAAGGAGAUCACAAGACAUUGAUGCUUAACUGGGUCCAAGAUGUAACUGGACAAAAAUUAAACUUGCACAUCCCCAUUGACAAUACCAAAUUGAUCAUUCAUGCCUUGAUCGGAUUCGUGUCGAUGUUUUUAUUGAAAAGGUAUCGCAAGUAUGUCGGCAAAGCUUUAACCUCAAAACUAUCAUGGUGUAUCGUAUCAUUAAUUGCUGUAUUGUUGUUUACUACAGGUUACAUGUUUAAUCAAAUUAGAGGUACUCCGUAUGUACUCGAACAUCAAGAUGGCAGAACUGAUUAUUUUGCACCGGGGCAACAAACACAAUUUGGAAUCGAAACUCAAAUCAUGUCAUUUGUGUAUGGAAUAUUGAGUAUUUUGGUCAUCAUAUUGGUCAAACGAGCACCCGAGAUCAAAAACGAUUCCGUGGCAUUGAUUUUGGUUUCGGUGGUUAGUUUAUUGAUUUUUGUUUUGUUCAGUUUGCUUUUGUCGAUUUUUGGUUUGAAGGGAAUGGGAUUCCCAUAUAGAUUUAUUAGAUUCUUUUAA